AUGGACGUUCAAGUUCCACCACCACCACCUCCUCCUCCAUCAUUUCUUACUGAAUCAAUAACUUCACAAUUAACAGUACCACCACCAGCACCACCCCUUCCUCCUCCCGAAACAGUUCUUACAACACAACCAACAACAACAAACACAAGCGUUGCUGCUUCUACUGGUCAAGAUCGUAUUUGGCUACAUCCAUGGACUGUAACUGAAAUGCGUCAACAAGCAUCACAAUGGUCAUUGGCUGGUGAUGCAGGUUUAUUACUUUAUUUGGAACAAUUUUCUGAUAAAUUAGUUCAACGAGCUGAUGCUAUUCAACAACAUUUAAAUCAAACAGUUAAUGCUGUUAAAAGUACACAUACACGUGUUCAAAAUUGUUUGAAUGAAUUUACAUCAUUAGCAAAUACACAAUUUAUUGAAAAUCGUGUCUAUGAUGAAGAUGAAACAGUUAAUGCAAAAACAUCUAAAAAAGAUGAACAAUCUACAGAAAAAACUUAUGUUAGUAAUAGUGAAGCACAAGAAAAAGUUUUACAACGUUAUGUUGAAGCAAUUCAAUCUGGUUUAUCAAUUCUUGAUACACAUUUUGAACGUGUUGAAGCUAAAUUAGAUAAUAUUCAACAUGGUGCUUCAUCAGUAGUUGAUGAUGAUGAUGAAGAUGUUGGAGUACCAAUUGAACCUAUACUUGAACCAAAAGAUCCUUAUAUAUUUCGACCAUUACCAUAUCUUAUUGGUACAACUGAAUUUAUGCAAGAUGAUUUUGUUGGUUUAGGUGAUUUAUUAACUAUACACGAUGAAGAAAUAUAUGAUGUUGAACAAAUUGAAAAAAUUGAAUCAGAUUCAGCACUAUCAAGUUCGGAUGAAGAAGAUGAAGAUUUUCAAGCUCAAGUAACCACAGUACAAAUUGUUCCAGCUGGUGCUAGUCGUCCAGAUAUAGCAAAUCGACCAGCACCUUCAAUGACAACAACACAAUUAACAGAUAGUGAAGAUGAAGAUGAUCCAUUUGGUAUGAAUACUGGUCCAAAAUUUGAUGAUUUUUCAUCAAAAAAACUAGCUAAUAAUGAUUUAUCUGAAGAACCAAUAAUUUCUACAAAACCUAAAAAAGACGAAUUUUCUCAAGAAUCAGAUAAUGAAGAAGAUAGUAUGUUCGGUAUUCAAGUUAAGAAACCACAAAUUGUUAUUGAGAAUAAUAAUGAGAAUAAUGAUAAUGAAUCAUUAACAUCAAAAGAAUCAAAUGAACCUGAUGAACAAAAACAUAUACGUGGUGUAUCAAUAUUUGGUGGUGCACAAAAAGGAAUGUCAGAACUUGAAAAAGCUGUUUUACGACGACGAAAAGCAAUGGGUGAACCUGAUGUACCAUCAGAUAAUGAAGAUGAAGAGGUAAGAAAACCAACAAGAACAUCGAAGGAAACUACUAGUUCUUCAAUAGUUACUAAAACGACAACAAAACCUUCAUCAGAAGAACCAUCAUCUAGCACAAUUUCAAAUCUUACUUCACAACCAUUAACAAGAACAGUAACAACAACUGAUAAGACUUCUAAACCAUCCAUAUUUGGUGAAACUGCUCCAGUUGGUGAUGCUGAUGAUGAUGAUGAGAUUUUUAUGGAUGCACCAAAAUUAAAACCAAUGUCGAAUAUCGCACCACCAUCAAAAACUAUAGUUGAUACAAAACCAUCAAUAAUAAUUUCAUCGAAAAAAGAAAAAGAUAUAUUUGAUAAUGAUACUGAUGAAGAUGAUGAUCCAUUUGCAAUCAAAAAGAAAGAUACAUCAUCGUCAUUGCCAAUAAAAAAGAAUGAAAUAAAUUCAAAAACUCAAUCACAGAUAAUAGCCAAACCUAAACCAGUUAUUCAACACGAUGAAAGUGAUGAUGAUGAAAUUUUUGGAACAAAAAAAACACAACCGAAACCAAUUCCAACAGUAUCAAAACCUAGUACUAUUGAAAAAACUAAAUCACCUAGUUCCGACGACGAUCUUUUCAACACAUUAACAACCACUAAAUCACAACCACCACCAGCAACAACAACAACAACAAAAACAUCUAACGAUGAAGAUACUGUUUUUGCUCGUAAAGCACCAGUGCAACAACCGACUACAUCGAUUAUUCCUCCGCCUGCUUCUGUUUCUAUUCCAUCAGUUAAAAAGCCAACCGUUCUAACGGACGAAGAUAGUGACGAUGAAAUAUUUGGUAUAUCGAAAACAAAACCAAAAGUACAAACAACUGAAAUAUCAAAUAUUAUUUCACCUCCUAAACCUAAUGAUAACAAUAAUGUACUCGACAAAUCAACAAUCAAACUUAAAGUAUCAACAACAGACACUCCAAAAGUUACUCCAUCAUCUAUCAAAUCUAAUAAUGAUAACGAUGAUGACUUAUUUAGUAUAUCAACAACUAAAUCAGACAUACCAAAAACUGAAAUACAAAAAAUUUCUUCACCUACUAAAACUGACGAUGAAGAUGAUUUAUUCGGUAAACCAACAAUUAAAUCUAAAGUAUUAACAACAGACAAUCAAAAAGUUAUUUCACCUAUGAAAUCUAAUGACAAUGAUAAAUUAUUAAGUACACCAACAACUAAACCAAAAAUCACAGUUACAACAAAAAAACAUGAUGAUGAUGAUGAUGAUGAUUUAUUUUCUCUUUCAAAGCCAAUUCAAAUUAAAGCACCGGAAACUGCUAUUUCAUCUCCUUUACCUUCAACAACAGCUGUUAAAACUGAGACUUAUGAAGAUCCAUUAUCAGGAAUUCGAAAACCUAUUGAAACGACACCACAACAACCAAUAAAAAUUCCAACUAUUCAACCAGCGAAGAAAUCUAUUUCAGAUACUGAUGAAGAUGAAUUAUUUCCCAAGCGACAAAUAAAUACAGCAGCAUUAAAAGAAGGUGAAAAACCAAAUGUUAAAGCACUUUCAUCACUUCUAAAUAUUAAUCCAAAUGCUCAUCGACCAGGUACACGUCCAAAAACACAUUCAAUUACUGAAGAACAAUCUAAACCAUCGGUUGUUAAUGAUGAUCAACCGAUUCAAAAUAUUGAACCAUCACAAAAUGUUGUAAAAAAAUUAACAAAACUUGAUUCAGAUAGUGAUGAUGACUUAUUUAGUACUAAGAAAAAAGAAAAAUCAACCGUUUUGAAAACAGAACAAAAAGAUAAAACAAAUAUUGAAGAUGAAAAAGUUAAUGUUAAAGCACUUUCAUCACGUAUCAAAAUAAAUCCAAUGAUGCAUAUGCCAGGUACUCAUGUGAAACCGGAUUCUAAUGAAGACAAUGAAUCUAAUAAUGUUACACAAACGAUUUCAAUUGAAACCUCAAAAGAAGAACCCCUAGCUGAUAAAACUAUGUUAAAUAUACUUAAAGAUCGAGCUAAAGUAUCAGUUAAAACUCGAGCACCGCCAACAAGAAAACCUCGUUCAACUGGAGCUGCAACAGCUACGACGACAAAUGAUGAUGACGAUCUUUUUGCUUUACCUAGUUCGACUAAAACUGCUACAUCAUCUUCUCCGACGAUUAGUCCAGUAAUUCUUCCUCAAUCUGAUAUUUCUCCACCAGUACCUGUAACAGGUUUGCCAGAUAAUACUGCUGCUAUUGCUGCUAUAUCUAAUAAACAAACUAAUUCAAAAGAAAAAAAAACAUUUUCGCUUUUUGAUUCUGAUGAUUCUGAUAUUGAUGAAUUGUUAUUUGGUUUUAGUAAAAAAAAUAAAUCUUCGACAACAUCAAAACCAACUACAACAUCAUCAACAACAUCAAAACCAACUACAAAAGCAGCUAUUUUAUCAUUAGAUGAUGAUGAUGAUGAUGAUUUUCUAUCAAAACGGCCAACAAAAAAAAGUACAAAACCAAUUGAUGAUGAUGAUAUAUUUGCGGAUGUUAAAAUUAAAUCCCAACAAACAAAUAAAGCUAAAAAAGAUUGGUCAAUUAUGAACAAAACAGUAACAGAUAAUACAGAUGAUAUUUUUAAUGAUGCAUCAACAAAAUCUUCCGCUACUUCAAAAGCAAAAACAACAAAUGUUAAAAAUAAAUCAAUCAAGGACUUGGAUGAUAUUUUUGAUGAUCCACUAAAUAUUUCGUCCAAAAAAUAA